AUGACUGGAAACCAUGUUCAGUCUUUUGUAGGUCGGGUCAUUGGCACUGCCAUGCAAAAGACAAUCAAAGUCAGAGUAGAACGAGUAAAGAUCCAUCCUAUUGUUCUCAAGCCGAUUCGUAGACAUAAAAACUUUUUGGUUCAUGACGAAACCAGCCAGUGUGUCGUGGGCGACUGGGUUCGUAUAAACUCUUGCACAAAGAUCAGCAAACUCAAAAGUUUCACAUUAGGAGAAAUAGUUAAACCUGCAGAUCGUUUCAUUGAUGAUGAAGGAAAACUUCACACACAAGGGGCUUUAAAACAGUAG